AAGAAGAAGAAGAAGAAGAAGAAGAAGAAGCAGCAGCAAACCGCGAACAACACUUGCCGCCCAAUAUUUUCUUAGAAUAUAAACUUUCUCUGAUUCGCCCAUCUCCUCGUGUACAACUACAGAAAGAUACCUUUAAAAUAAUACUGGUGAUAAACAGUUUCAGUAGUAUUUAACGUACACCAUUCGCAUCCGGCUUGACGCGUGGCUGUAAUAUCGCGUUAUUUCAUUGUUUUAUGUCUUUUUGAACACACAACUCUAAAGUCUCGCGGCACUUUACUGCAUUGACAAAAUGCCACGUCGGUUUGAGUGUGAGCAGUAGCAUCUCAUGAUCUCUACUCCACCGACAGUGAAAAUAAUCGGAGUCUUUGCAAAUUAUAACAUUACUUGACGCGUGCACGGCUAGUAGACUGCUGAUUGUGAUACAGUGUGCGGUCUUCAAGGCGUUUUCAUCAGCAGCAGGAGUAAUGUGGACCUUCAGCAAAUCUCUAUUGCUGUUCACCACUGGGAUCUUAAUAUCCCAGCAGACACUCGCUCACUCCCACCAUCAUCACGGACACUCCCAUGGAGACGGGGGUUGCCACGGUCACUCGCAUGGUGGGGGGAAGAUGCAUCAUGGGGCAAGCAAAUGGAGUGCUGAAGCUAACCUGCUCCAUGACAAAGAGGAGCCCCACGGGCACGCACACGACCACGGGCACGCACACGACCACGGGCACACACACGACCACGGGCACACACACGACCACGGGCACACUCAUGAUCAUGCUGAGCAAUUGAAAAGCCAUGAAGAAGCAGGGAGACGGAACAUGAUGGAGCUCUGGAUGCAGGCAAUUGGAGCCACCCUACUCAUCAGUGCUGCGCCCUUCCUCAUCCUUUUCCUCAUUCCAGUGCAGUCAAACACGGACCAGCACCAGAAACUUCUCAAAGUGCUCUUGAGUUUCGCAUCUGGUGGUUUGCUUGGAGAUGCAUUCCUUCAUCUCAUUCCUCAUGCACUGGAACCUCAUUCUCAUCACGGUCAACCACACAGCAGUGAGGAGUCACAUGUUCAUUCACAUGGUGAUGCCCAUGGUCACAUGAUGUCAGUUGGUCUGUGGGUGCUGGGUGGCAUUGUUGCAUUUCUAGUUGUCGAGAAAUUUGUUCGUCUUUUGAAAGGAGGACACUCUCACUCUCAUGCUGCUCCGAAGGCAAAAGAUAGUGAUGAAGAGGGUGACAAGAAAAGAGAGAAGGGAGAAAAAGAGAAAAAAGUCUCCAAUAAGAAUCCUGUAGAGACAAGUUCUGAUAUUAAAGUGUCUGGUUAUCUGAACCUGGCUGCUGAUUUCACCCACAAUUUCACGGAUGGUCUUGCGAUUGGAGCGUCAUUCCUUGUUGGUCCAGCAGUUGGUACUGUUACCACCAUCACCAUCCUCUUACAUGAAGUACCUCACGAGAUUGGAGACUUUGCAAUUCUGGUCCAAUCAGGGUGCACAAAGAAGAAGGCCAUGUGUCUUCAGCUUCUCACCGCCAUUGGUGCGUUAGCUGGAACUGCCUGCUCGUUAUUGGCUGAAGGAGUGGGUGCUGCUGCCACAGCCUGGAUCCUCCCAUUCACUGCCGGAGGCUUUGUUUAUAUUGCAACUGUCACGGUUCUCCCAGAGCUGCUGGUUGGACGGUCUAGUUUAUGGCAAUCAAUGCUGGAGAUCCUAGCUCUGCUGUUUGGGGUGGGAAUGAUGGUGCUGAUCGCUGAGUACGAGUGAGAGAGGAAGUGAUGUUUGAAAGAAGAAAUUGGAGUGGAGAAACCAAUGCAUGGUCACCAGAACCUUUAGAGACUAAAGACUUUGAAAUUAGUGUUUUGAGAUGAAUGUUGACAUAGUCCUCAAAAAAAGAAAAGAAAAAUGAAGAGGGAGAGAGUGAAAGAAAAUAUAGAACUGCACUAAUUUACCCAGAGACCAACAUGAAUGGAUCACUUAAGUCGUUUUAGGCACAUGAACCAACCUUCCCAGGGACCAACAGCUAGAAAAUCAUGCUCGGUUCAUUUUACUGAUAAGGUUGGGGAUCGAAAUGUGGGGACUCUUCGGCAUUGAUCAUUAUGAUCCCAAGAUCUAUUGUCUCAUGUCACUGAAGCAAAUGCUCAUCAGUAGAUUGCUUUUAAAUAAAUAUUGGUUGGGUUAGUGUUAGUUAUCAUUGUCAUUUGACUGCUGUUCACACAAUAAAGCUUUGUGAUUCUUUUAAAAGCAAUGUGCUCUAUCUCUUUGCUAUGCAGUUUCUUUGAUUUCCUCUGGUGAAAUAGUCGGCCAUUUCAGGUAUAGUUGUUACUCAGUAAUAGUAACUGUGUAGUCAAUGAAAGUAACUGUGGCUCUCCACAAUUAAAUACACACAUAUCGCAGAGUAAUAGUUUCACAUUAUCAUUGGUGAUGGUUCUUCAGAAGAGGCAAACUGUGGACAGUACUUUUUGAAUUUUAGUUGUUGGUGUGUUUUUUUUUUUGUUUUGUUUUUUUGUUUAGUUUUUUCUUAUUGUCUGUAACCUUAACGCAGUUUUAACCAUUUCUUCUCAAUUUGUUUGGUGUAAACCCUUUUCAUUCUUUGUAAAACAAGCAUAUACUUCUAUGGGGAUUACUAUUAUUUAGAAAUGGAGGUAAUGUUUUGUUCAAUUUCAGUUAAAUAAAACAAUUGUUUGUGGUAGCA